UCGGUUGGCGCGCGGCUCUGUCUGUCGGUACCGGCCAGCGAGAGACUUCAGGACUUUAAAACCUUCGAAACGGGGAGCAGCGAUAAAAACACACGGCGCUCACCGCCUCGUUUCUCCGCAGACUCUGUUUGGAAGACACUUUUCUCCCUGAGCGGCGAUAAAGACUUUAAUCCGAGCUCCAUGACUCCGUGUACGACUCCACUGAUACUGUUAGCUAGCUAGCUUUUGUAUUGGGUGGCUAACGCUGGCUAACAGGUUGUUGUUGUAGCCACAUCAAGCAAUGCUGUGCAUGUCGUGACUGACAGAAAGCAUGGAGGAGAGGGUUAUGGAUGAGCUUUAUGGUGAUCUUGGGCAAAGGCAUUAUGAUUCUUCACUGAAUCAUGAUGAAGACUCUGUGGAUAUUUACUCGGGGCUAGACGACAGUCCCAAGUGUGAUGGAGGCAACCGUGAAGUCAGCACUUUCCUCUCACCACAAAGGGUGAAAGAGUCUAUGGAUUUGUAUGAAGAGCUCAUCACGGAAGAACGAGAAGAGAAAGAUGCAACAUACAAUGAGUUGAAAAGUAAAUUUGAUGCUGCGCAAAACCAGGUGCAGGAAUUGCUUGCAAAAUUGCAGCAGAUGCAAACAAAGAACUCAAGCCUACACAAAGAGAACACCUUACUGAAGAAAAACAUCUCUGCACUUAUCAAGACUGCUAGAAUGGAGAUCAUUAGAAAGGAUGAAGAAAUAAACAAACUAAGCAACAGACCUGGUCGGGGCAGAUUCCAUCAAUCCUGGAUAGAACGAAGCCAAGAACCCUGCCUGAGGAACCAGGCCAACACUGGCCCCAAUGUGAACAGCCCUGCAGGCCCUUCAAAAGAGUCCCAGGAGUGUAGGGGAGGUCGGGGAUUAGCAGAGGCAUCAGAGCACAGGGAUAGAAGUCGACUAUCCAGCCACCCUGUUCAUCCGGUAACGUCGACAGAUGCUUCACCAUCAUCAGUGCUCCAAAGAUGUACCAGAAGUAACCAUGACCGUCCUUUGUAUUGUCAAAGUAAAGACUCAAUGGCUGGAGAGAUUACCAACGUGUCCAGUCCAGUGGCAAAGAAAGGGGAAAUGUAUGCUGAAAGUGAGAUCAUGAAUUCUCAAAAUUGUAUUACAGCAGGGCAGAACGUUUGUGAUGAAACAGCUGGGACACGGAUGGAUAGCAAGGAGGUAGGUAAGGAAUAUCUGACAAAACAGUGUAAUAAGCAGAGCAUGGAGAGUAACCCUAAAGAGAAGAACUCGUCAGAAAAAACUCCAUGUGAUGUAAACAAAUCAGAGAGACCACAAAGGGAGUCUGAGAAAAUGAACUGUGCAUCUAGCAAAAGCCAGCGUCAGCAGCAAGAGGAUCCUGUAGUACUUAGGAGGUCCGGACGCGCGAAGAGUCCUUUCUCUCAACCACAGCACGUCUCACCGUCUAAAUCCCACUCACAGUUGUCCAAAGGACCAUCUAGAGUGACUUCAGACACACAGACAGAAAGCCGGAAACAAGAACAAGACAGACGCAGUAGGAGCGGAGCUCAUUCUGUAAGUGAAAUAAGCUCCUCUGAGAAGUCAAGUGUCUCUCUUGACCGGAAGAUGGAGAAAAGAGGGUCCAGGGAGCAUCACAGGAAAGAGGAGCGGCGGCACGAAGAUUCUAGCAGUUCAGAAAGGAGACGCACCAGGAAUGACAGGAGUAAAGAGUAUGAGCAAAAGAAGACAAGAGAAAGCGAAGGAGGAAAUGGACAGCAGGGAAACAGUAGCAGUAGAGAGGAAAGGAGAAGCACGAGGUCAGAAACCAGCAAAGAACAUGAGCGACGGAAUGCAAAAGAGAUUGAAGAAGGCAUUGCGAGGGGGGCAGCUGAUAAAGCUGAUAGACGUUUCAGAGAUGGGCGGGACAGAAGCCACAACGAUGUCCGAAACAGUAGGCGAGAAUCUUCACCUGUUAAACAUGGCGAUCAAGACAGUGGUCGUACUCUGAGAAAAGAUCGCGACGAGGAUAUCAACAGAAGGAAAAUUUCUAGUAAAAGGGAGGAGCAGUUACCCAGAAACAAAGCAUCCAGCAGCCUUGAUGAUUCUAGAAAUAAAGCCUCUGAUAAGCAUAGUGUAAAAGAGAAAUGUGUUGAUAUUGAUUAUGACAAAGGAAGAAGGAGGACUGAUAAAGACAGACAAACUCUAGACAGAAAAUCAACAAAAGAAAUACCUGCUGCAGAUAUUGCAAAGUCUGCCAUUCCUGAGAAAUCUCGAAUUGGUGAGAAUGGGCAUGUUGGUGAAACUGUUUACUGUCAAAAUGAAAAAGUAAACAUGCGGGCUCCAUUGAAGUUAAGCAGCCAUGAUAUUUCUGCCAUGGCAGAAGAAAGUAGUCCAAAGAGAAAGUUAUCUUUUAUGGAAACCUUAAAUCUCACUCUUUCACCGAUUAAAAAGCAAAGCCAGUCUUCUGGACAUGAAGAGCCAAUUAUGCAACCUCCUGAGGAUGCUCACGUGAGCAAUUCAGCUGAGGAAAGAGGUUCAUUUGAGCUUGGAGAGGAAUUCUGUGUCAUAGAUGAAACGGAAAACAGCCAAGUGUCAGUGGAAGCUAUGGAUGUUGAGUCAGCGUCUGCAACAGGUAGUUCUGUGCCACUUGACCCGAGCAAUUCAGGCACGCAGCCAAGCCAGAGUCAGGACAUAAUUCCUGGUUCUGGGAAACCGAAAACAGACCUUCAAGACCUGGUAGUGAAAGAAAAAGGAUUGGAAUUUUCCAAAAGUGUUGGUGAAGCGACGUGUAAAGGUGUUACGACUCCAGUUGAGGAAAUUUGUAUUGAUUUAGAGACACAAGAAAAGACCUCUGUUAUAAAUACAGACCAUUCAGGUGAUUCUCCUGAGAAAUGUACAGACAGUUCUCAGUGUGCUGUAGAUAAAACUGUGAUGGCUGAAGGUUCUUUGCCCAGUGAAGGAUCUGUGCCAGUUAAUAGUCUGUCUGUUCAUUCGGUUGAAGAUGUAUGCAAGAAGCAAGAUCCUCAGGCUUCUGUGAGGAAGCAUGAGGAGGACAGGAGUAGAGAGAAUGCUAGUAAAGAAUGCAAACCAAAGCCACAAGCCCCACUAACCGUUCAAAUAGAUGCAUCUCAGGAGAAAGUGUCCACCUCUAUCAAAGUGCAUGCUGUCCCUGAGGCUUGCUCUAAUGCAGACACCUCUGUGUCUUUGGAAGUUGUUUCUAGUACCGUCAGUGUAGAUGUCAACCCACAAUGUGAGCAUGGCUGUGCUGACACACAAACCACUGCUUUGGAUGUGGAAAUGAUAGGAGGCCUUCAGAACUUAGAUUCUUGUCCAAGACCAUCGGAAGGGGGACUUGCUGGGGCAGUCAACACCAGCAGCACUUUGAGAGGGAAGGGAACGCCAACUGAACAAGCAAGCUCCUCCCAGCCGGAUUCCACAGAGGAUGAGCUGCCAAACUCCAGGCCUUUCAAUUCAGUAGUGGUGACCCAGGAUGAAGAUUCCAUGAUGCUUACCCUGAGCAACAUCAGAGUAAUUCCAGAAGCCAUUAGCCCUCUCACAAGUCCAGUCCGCCAGAUGAGGAAAGUCCAGCAUAGUUUGGGAAAGGAAGCCCAUGUUAAGAGUCUUAGUAAAGAUUUAUCCGCUUCAGCCAGUGAGACGGAUAAAGAUACUAUCAAGAUGGACAUGAACAAAGAGAAUAAGCGACCUGAUUUGUCAGUCAUGCCCACUGUGGUGAAAGAUCCGCAAGAGGUUCUCUCAUCUACUGUUGAGGAAGAGGAACUUGAAGAGGGGGAGAUAGACAGCAGGAGUGAUGAAGAGAGUUCUUUGAUCAUUCAGAGUCCUCCACAUGAAAAAACAAAAUCAGUCUCAAGAAAUCAGCCCAGUCCUAGGUCGCCAAGGCUAGAAAAAAGAACAUCUCAGAUGAGACCCACUGUUACUCCAACACGUGAACAAGACAGAAAUCUGACUGCUGCUUCUAAAGACAGUCCCACUUUCAACAAGAGGCGUUUUAAAAUAAUUGCUGUUCCGCCCAAAGCGAAGGUUACAACAUCUGCUGAAUUUAUGAACAUGCUGUUGUUCAUUCGGUCCGAGCUAAGGCGAAAGUACAUGAAACUUCACAAAAAUGUUACCAAGUCAGCUUUUUGCUGCAUUGUUGACAUGUCUCUAGCCUCUUUCACAGAAUUUGUUGAUGGUGUUAACUUUCAUAAGUUUUGCUCUCAAGGAAAUGAGAUCAAAUCUAGGCUCAAUAAGAUAAUCUCUUCUGUUAUGAGCAAGGUUUCUAGCAAUGGCAUUGUAAACCGCAUCUUUGAGCAGCGAGCUGAUGAUCUCAAGCAAAAGCUGUGGAACUUUGUGGAUGGUCAGUUUGAUUUCCUGUUCAAGGAGCUGAAAGCAGCAGUUAAAAGUGCAUCUGGACUUUCCAAGAAUACUUCUUUUGAAAGCAAGUGUUUAAAUUCCAGGGUGAAAGAGAGUUUGAAUUUGGAUAUUCAUAAAGUUCUAGCUAAAAAACCCUUGAGCACAGCUGAGCACAGACCAAAUAAAAAGGAUGAAGCUGGGGGCCAUGAAAGCAAGCAGUGGACUACUCUGCACAGCUUGCCUGGUAAAAUUAGAGGCCUUGGCAGCAGAGGCAAAAAUAUCAAAGCAACCAUGGAAGGAGAGACUCAGGUAUCAGAGAGACAGUCAUCAGACCAGCUGCCUGCUGUUUCCACCUCUGAAAAAUCUUCCCAAGAGAGUGUCCCUGCACCGGAGAAUAAAAUAUCCACCUAUGCCCGCCGUGUUUCUCAGGACAGGACAGACUUUGAGAUUCUUACAGAGCAGCAGACAUCAAGUUUAACUUUUAAUUUGGUCACCGAUUCUCAAAUGGGAGAUAUUUUCAGGUGUCUGUUGCAAGGGUCAGACCUGCUGGAGGCUAGUGUCUCAGCUGGGGAGAAUCAAAGCUGGCCGCUGAAUACUCCACGAAAGGAAGGUCCUGCUGGAGAGAGUUUCAUUGGAGUCGUAACACCCAGCAAGAUCAUAACACCAUCAAACCUCACAUGGACCUCAAUUUCACCUUAUAAGUUUGCCUCCCCAAACAAUAAAAUCCAAAUACCUUUAAACCCAGAAGUCUUUGAUGAAAGCUGCUUGUUAGAAGUCCCGUCUAACACUCUUCCAAACCAAGCUGCUUCUGGCCUUACUACAGUGAGUUCCCAGCAGCCCUUUUCCAUUUUGGCUGAAGAUUUGGCUGUAUCCCUUACCAUUCCAUCUCCCUUGAAGUCAGAUGGCCAUUUGAGCUUUUUGCAUCCAGCAAGUGGACAGCCAUUGUCUGCACCAAGCAGCGUCAUCAGUGCCCAUUACAGCGAGGAUGCACUUCUUGAUGGAGAAGACGCCACUGAGCAGGACAUACACCUCUCUCUUGAUACAGACAAUUCCAGCUGUGGGUCAAGUUCUGGUCAAACAUGUGAUGAGGAUUCUCAUCCACCAGUGUUUCAAUUCAAACCAAACUUGCCCAUGCAAGCAGAGGUAAUGGAGAGGUCCAACGAUCACUUUAUUGUGCGAAUUAGGCACACGUCCACUGCAGCGUCUGAGGAGCCUACACAGGAGCAGAAGGAGGCACAAUCAGCAGUAGAAACUAGUGCAGUGUGUCAUGAGGACAAGACUUUAGUCUCGCAAGCGUCCCUGGACAAUGGUUCUCGCUCAACAAUUCAGCAGGUGGUUACCGUAAGUGACAGAACAGAAGCUCAAAUGUCAAUCAAGGACACCUCUUCUAAAGGUGUUUUGGAAGGAAACACACCGGCUGUCUCGCCAAAAACCACUGGGGACCCAGCUGAUCAAGCUGAUGGUGAUGCUGCAGAUGCCUCACAUCCCCAUGUUGCCACUGGUGCCAGCGUUGCAUUCAAAGAGAAAGACGAUGCACCUGAUACCAAUAGCACAUGUGAGAAGACACACAGAAAACGUAAGAAACGUCAUUCUGGGCCAAAGGCAAAACGCUCUAGAACAGAGAAACACCAAGACAGACAUGAAAAGCAGCGGCACAAGAAGAGGUCAAAGUCUUGCAAGGAAAAAGACGAGAAGACUCCUCCAAAGAAGGGGGAUAAGUCUCCUCAGGAGUCCCCUGGUCUCUCAGCUAAGAAUGUCAUCAGAAAGAAAGGGGAAGUGGUGGUGACGUGGACCAGGGAUGAAGACCGGGAUAUUCUCAUUGAGCUGAAGAUGAAAGGAGCUUCCUCCAAAACAUUCAUUGCACUGUCAGCCAAGUUAAAAAAGUCACCGGCCCAGAUUGAAGAGCGAUUUACUCAGCUCAUGAAACUGUUGAAGAAGAAAGAGAAGAUGGAAAACUGAGCCAGUGAGCCUGUAGGUCCCAUUUCUUGUUGGUCCAAGAGUUGCAAGAGGACACAUGCCAGCAGAAGCUGCCCAUAUCACAGACACAGAUGUCUAAACCAGCCAAGUGGUCUUGUUUGGGAGUUUUGCCAAAUUUAACAGAUAAACUUGAACGUUCUGUCUGAGAACAUCAGAAUAAGCGUUUUUCCAGUGUUGCCUUGUGGAGGGAAUCUCAGAUGUACUGUACUGUAAUCUCAAUGAUAGGUUUCCAAUUUGGGAAACUUUCAUUAGAUUAGUCACCAGGUGCAAGCAUGUACUGCCUAACAUACCUUGACAGAUUCAGCAGAGAUCAGCAGUUUAUCAUUCUAAAUAUAAAGUAAAAAACAUAGAAGGUACACUAACCAGCACCAAAUGUCGUAUCCCUGUAGCUCAUUUGGCCCUUACAUUGGCUCAACCAUGGGUGUGCCACCCUAGUGAUUGUCAGGUUUAGUAGGAUUGUUGGAGCAGGGAAAUCAACAAGCUGUGUAGCACUUGAGGACCAAAGGUAGGCUCCCAUGGAUUAGAGAUUAUUUUGUCCAGGUGAAAAUCAACCAGCUUUCUUCAUAUAGAUAAAUAAAGAAAUGGUUCCUUAAAACCAUUGUCUGAACCUGAAAUGAGCUAACUUAAUGAGUUCCUGUAUGUGCACUGGAAUCAUUUUUGCCUUGAAUGCUCUACCUCUGAGAAUUGGUCAUAGUCAUGCAUCAGUGAGAUCACUUUGGCAGGUUAAAAAUCAUAAGGUGCUCUUUAUAUGGUGACCGACCAUAUACCUGUACAUUCAAAAAGUUUUCAUUUUUUGAAAUACAAACUCAGUUUGUAACAGUGUCCUGUCUUCUUUAUUGAGAGCAUAUCACCAUGAACCAUGUUGAAGGGACCCCCUCUAACAUGAACGUCUGAUCUUUUAGUCGCUAUCUUACAUCCUAAAUCACGUCAAGUCUAUGUGCGGACACAAAGAUCCAUUCAGUAUGUUUUUUGCAUUGCAAUAUGCUGUUGCAAAGGUUACAAAUAAAUUCAGAAAUGGCCUUUAAUUUAGCUGUUGUAGUUUGUAAUAGAUGCGCCAUUUCCUUUGUUAGAUCUUCCACCUUUUGUUUUAACACUCGUUUCCCUGAGUACUGAAGACAUUACUUAAGUGUUAUCGGGGGUUGAAAAGCCUAAUUUUGGCCUUUUGUUUUCAUUGUCCAGACUCAGCAGAAUCUGGAUUUUAUUUUCAAAUUUUGGUUUAACAAAUUAACAGGCUGAAAGACAUGAAUAUAUGUUGAAAUGACUGUAUGAGUUGUUCUUUUAUUCCUUCUCAAAUUUCUACCUUUUGUUUUUAUUUAAUUUUGUUGUUAAAGCAUUUGAAAGUUGGACGACAGCCUUCUCUACAAUUUAUUUGAAACAAAUAUGCUGUAUAUAUUGUAAAUUGUGGGUCUUUUCACUUUUUAAAAUAAAGCUAAU